AUGUGUUUGAUUUUUUCAACAAGUUUCCAGGGUGUGAACGGAACCAAAUCAAUUCAAUCCUCAACACCUCCGUUAUGGGGAGGGGCAGAUGCUUUCCGUGUCUUGGUCAAUCUCACGAAUCCGAGUCCAAUCGCGAAAUGGAUCUUUGCCUAUUAUCAUUCAAGUUCAUUGAGGGCUGAGCGCUAUGAACAUUUUCCACCUCAAUAUGAUGAGAUGUGCGUGGAUCUUCCCAAUGCAAGCCCCUCACAACAAUGUAAUGUGAUUUUCUCGUAUAAUGGUUGGUCCUAUCUACAAUUGCCUCAACAAUCGUUUUGUUGUAAAUGUGAGAAUACGUUUGGAGCGAUUCGAGGAGAUUGGUUAAUGCAAAAUUCAACCUUUGCAGGUGUUGUGCGAGAUCAGAGGACAGGAUAUGAAACUCAACAUUGGACCAAAUGGGGACAGUAUUUGAAUCAUUAUUAUUGUACCAAUGAUGACAAGAGAAUGCCUAUUCUUUUUAACGAACUAUGGGGACCUCAACACACUCUUAAGCAAUGGGAAUUUUUGGUUCAGACUUUUAAGGUUGGUGAGUUUGAUUUCAAGAAAUAUUUGGGACCUCCAGAAAAUUGUGAAAACUUGUGUAUGACCGAUGUUUGUAAGGCCUAUCGAAAGUAG